GCUAGAUAAAGCCGGGGCGGCCAGUGCCCAGUCCCCACUGCCCAGCUCCGCUGCCCCUCGCCCUGCAGAGAUGAAGGCUCUUGUGCUGCUCGCCCUGCUGGGCUGCCUGGUGCCGGGCGGCCUGGGCAUGUACUACACCCGUUGCCAGCUGGCCCAGACACUGCAGCAGCUGGGCCUGGACGGCUACAUGGGCUACAGCCUGGCCAACUGGGUCUGCAUGGCCGCACACGAGAGCAGCUACAACACCCAGGCUACCCACUACAACAGCUGGGACGGCAGCACCGACUUCGGCAUCUUCCAGAUCAACAGCCGCUACUGGUGCCAGAACGGGGAUGAGUACAGCUCCAACAUCUGCCAAAUUCCCUGCAGCGACUUGCUGAGCAACAACCUUUCAGUGGACGUUAAAUGCGCGAAGAUCAUUGCCCAGGACUCCAACGGCAUGAGCGCCUGGGUGGCCUGGAAGUCGUACUGCCAAGGCCAGGAUCUGUGGCAGUACGUAGAAGGAUGCGGCGUGUGAGAGCUGCCCUGGGAUCGGGCUCUGUCCUGCCCCGAGUUCUCCGGGGCCCGGCUUGUCACCUUAUCCCAGAGCUUUUCAAACACAAUCUCCCCCCAGAAUCCAAGACCCAGCAUCCGACUGCUCAGCUUCCUGGACCAUCGCAACAGGGGAAAUGGGAG